AUCCCCCAUAUUCCAGAAGCUCCGAAGUCCGAACUGAACCGACUACGAACUUCUAUUUUCCAAAACCCAAAUUCUUCUCUUCAUUUAAAACCCUAAAUUAUACUCCACAAAAACGAAAUCAAACCAAAAAAAAAUCUUCUCCCAGAAACAGAAAGAUGUUUUUCUUCUUUGUUGGAGGAUUAGAGCAACAAGUUCGUCAGGUAUUGAAGACUGGAGCAGGUAGAUGCAUCAUGUGUGGAUCUAAAGCUGAUUUAGUAGACUACGAGAAAGUACUAAAAUUGUUCUUCGUACCAGUAUGGCGUAAACCUGGAAAAGAACCAUUUAUGCACUGUACUAAUUGCUCUCUCUUUUUUCCACCUCUUCAAGAAUCUGCCUCUCCUUCACUUCCUGAUAUCUUGCGAUGUCAUUCUUGUGCUCGUGUUGUUGAUCCUCAGUUCAGUUUCUGCCCCUUUUGUGGUUCAUCUCUUUAAAUCUCUUGUUAAUUUGCAUAUACAAGGGUUUUUGUGCUAUGCUUUGUCAGGGUUUUUAAUCUUUGAUACAAUGAAAUGAAAUGAAAUAUGAAAUUCUGCUUGG